AUGUCCACCGUGGCGGAGAUCUGUAGGGGCACGUCGUUCCCCGACCUGUGCACCAACACAGCGGGGAAGCAAGCGGCGCGCUACCCGAUCGUGGACGCGUAUACGGUGCUGCAGAUGCAGGUGGACGCGUUCUCCAAGCGCACCGCGGCGGCGCGGGCGCGCGUGGAGAAGGAGUCCCUGACGGCCUCCCCCGCGGCGCGGACGGUGCUGCAGCUGUGCGACAGGCUGUACGAGGACGUCGAGGACAACCUCGGCGCCUGCCGCCGCGCCAUCGGCUUCAGGGACGCCGUCACAAUCCGUGCCACCAUGGGCAUGGCGGCGCAGGACAUGCAGAACUGCGACGAGCAGUUCAGGCAGAUCGGCGAGAAGAACCCGAUGGAGCGCUUCGACGAGUCGCUCGGCAACAUGGCCGAGAUCUGCCGCUCGCUCUCCAACAUGAUCGGAGCUUAG